AUGGCCGGUGAACCUUACGGUGCAGGAUUCGCGGAAAUCGACGAGGAAUUGAUCCUGAUAUCAGCCUUUGCUGCCACCCUAGUCAAGCAGAUUAUCGCCGAUCUUGCUCGGCCUAUGCUCAUUAUUUCCACUUUGGGUCGAGGACAUUAUCACGGACGGGUAACGCACAUUCGUCGCCCCCAUCGCAAAUAG